UUUCGAAGAUCGCCCGCGAUCGUGCUUCCGGAGCUUCGUCCCUUCGAGCCGCCCCAAUGAGUCUUCGUCGAGUCUCCUAUUUCGGCCUCCCCUCCAGCAUCCCCACCCUCUGGAAGUCUCCGCGGGCUCCCACCCUCUCCUACCGAGUUAAGGAGAACAGUGCGCCGCUACUGAAUGAGGGGAAGUGGGACGCGUGGUGGGAGAACUAUAUCGAGCUCGCUUUCUGCCUAUUGGAGAUAGAGUUCCGCUGGUCAGAGGCGGCCCCAUUCGGAGAAGGGCCGGAGCACCCAGAAGACAGCGUGGAGUUUCUGAUCAUCCAAGCCUGGAGGACAACAGAGCAGGGCAACCUGCUGGGAUUCCUGCUCGGGAAGGUGGGGGACAACAAUCUCACCUUGAUCACGGACGAAUUGCUGGUGUUUUUGGCGCAGCUGGCGGACGAUCUGCCCCUGGAUAUCUUGUCGCGUAGCGACAAUCAGCCUGGCACCCACGUGCUAUCUCGAACACUCGAGCUGCACUUCGUGUGGUCCUCGUGCACGGAAAUCGACGCGGAUAAUUGUCUCUAUCCCUCCCAGGCGCUCUAUUUGGAGAUCGACGUUACCGAUCUCACGUUUUGGGACCCGAUCGCGAGGCAAAACGUGGCACAGGACGAGGAGAUAAGAGGAGCCGACGAAGAAGAGGAAGAAGAAGUGCCAUCGAGUGAGGAAAGGGACGAUCCAGACUACGUACCCGAAAGAGAGGCAAGGAUAGUUGACGAAACAAACCAGCCGCAGGCGCAGGACGAGGGGGUGGAACCAGAAGAAGAAGAAGAAGGAAGCAGGCUAUAAGGAUCGGAGUGCGAAGGAUUCGAGGCUGAAGUGCGCGAAGCGGCGCGAGAACGAGCACGAGAGCGGAGGAAGCGGAAGCGCCAGGAAACCG